AUGCAGUUAACUUUCUCAUUAUCAGUUUUAACUACAUUAGCUGUCUUGACACAUUCAGCAUAUGUUCCAUCUCAGCCAUGGUCAACAUUAACUCCUAGUGGUACUAUAGAUAGUGCUAGUGCUUCUAGUAACUAUGAUGGCUCGUUUGCUUUAUCCAUUAAGACACUUGGUAAAGGUUCAGGAGCUAGCACAGCACCUGCAGCACCUACCGGUGCCGCAGAUGGAGCAGAAACUUCAGUUACUGCUGCUGGAGCUGCCAGUGGUACUGUACCUGCACCAACUGCCUCUGCUAAUAUUGGAGCUUCGGCUGCUCCUGCUGCAAGUAAUGCAGCUUCAGUACCAGCACAAGAAAGUGACAUUGGCACAUCCGCAGAGACUGGAGGAGCAUUAAGAAGGAGAGAUGAUAUUGUAAACCAGAUUGGUGAUGGUCAGAUUCAACAAGGUGGUGGCUCAAGCUCAGGGUCAGGUUCUGGAAGUGGCUCAGGGUCAGGGUCAGGUUCUGGCAGUGAAGGCUCAGGUUCAGGUGGUGCUUCAGGGUCAGGUUCUGGAAGUGGCUCAGGGUCAGGUUCUACCCCAGGCUCAGGGUCAGGGUCAGGUUCUGGCAGUGAAGGCUCAGGCGCCCCAGGUGGUGCUUCAGGAUCUGGUUCAGGUUCUGGCAGUGAAGGCUCAGGCGCCCCAGGCGGUGCUUCAGGUUCCGGCUCUACCCCAGGCUCUGGAUCUGGAUCUGGUAGUGAAGGAUCUGGU